AUGGUGGCUCAAACUUGCAAGGAGCUUCAAGAAACCAACAAUAAACAACAGAUCGAAAUCGAUAAAUUACAUUCAAAGGUAAACAACUUAGCCAUACAAUUCAGUACUAUGUCUACUAAAGAUGACCUUCAGUCGAUGAAGACGGAAAUUGAUACUAGUAUGUUGAAUCUUAAAACUGACAUUGAAAAAAGUUUAGACAAAAGUAUUCAAUCUCAGUUGGAAAUUUUUUUUUCCACUCAAGAUGCUUCAGGUUCUAAUAAUGGUGGAUUUCACUCUAAUUUUCAUUCUAGGGGUCGCGAUUCAAAUCACUUUCAUCGAACGCCUAAGUUGGACUUUCCUAGAUUUGAUGGGGACAACCCAAAAAGCUGGAUUCAGAAGUGUGAAUAUUAUUUUCAGAUGCACAAUAUCGCUGAGCUUCACUUGACAAAGAUGGAAGCAAUUCAUAUGGAUGGUAAGACAAGUAAAUGGUAUGAUAACUUUUGUCUUACACAGGCUGUUAUUCCUUGGCCAUAUUUUUGUCAGAGUGUGUGUGCUAGAUUUGAAAACCCUGCACAUGAUAACAUUGUUGGCAUAUUCAAUAAAUUAGCUCAAAUUACUACUGUUGAUGCUUAUUUUGAGGAGUUUGAAUAUUACAAGGCUUUAUUAUUGGGAGUGCACCAGGAUUUUCCUGAAUCCUACUUCAUUGCUAGUUUCAUUGGUGGCCUGAAAGAAGAAUUAAGAAGUUCAGUUCUUAUGUUUGACCCAAAAACCUUACUUCAUGCAUUUUCACUUGCUAGAAUGCAAGAACGGACCCUUGUACAAGCAAGGAAAGCUCAAGGUCUUUGUUUCAACUGUGAUGAAGCUUACAAGAGGGGCCAUGUUUGUAAGAAGCAGUACUUAUGUGUACUUAUAGGGGAGGAAGCUGAGGAAAUUUAUGACACUGGUGUAGAUACUUCAAAUGAAACUGAUGAGGAACCUCCACUGGAAAGUGAUAUGGUAAUCUCCAUACAUGCUUUAACUGGUACUGUCUCAGGGGAAACUAUCAUAAUUCCUGGUUUUAUUAAAAAGAAGGCCAUCUCCAUCUUAACUGACACUGGCAGCACUCACAACUUUAUAGAUUCGGCUUUAGCUGUCAGUUUACAGUGUUCCAUUGCUCAGACAGGAAAUUUAUUGGUCACAGUAGCUAAUGGUGAUAAAACUGUGAGCUCAGGGGUUUUCUUUCAGUUGGAAUGGACUAUGCAAGGUUACAAGUUCUCUGGGGACUUGAGACUACUUCCUCUAGGUGGGUGUGACAUUGUUUUGGGUGCUGACUGGUUAAGAAACUUGGGGGAUGUUCAUUUCAACUUUUCCAAACUUUGUAUCACCUUCAAACACAAAGGUAAGAAGAUUACAUUAACUGGUGUUCACCAAAAGUCUUCAUUAAGUAUGAUGAGUGGCUCUGCACUUAAGAAUUUUUUUCAGAAACACUCUCAUGGCAUUGUGGGCCAAUUUUUCUCAAUCUCAGGCUCUCCUACACCCCUCCCUACACCACCACCCAUCACAACCUUACUUAAUGAGUUCUCUGAUGUUUUCACUGAUACAAAAACCUUUCCACCUGAGAGAACAUUGGAUCACCAAAUUCCUCUCAAGGAAAAUUUUGAACCAGUAAACCUCAGACCUUAUACAUGUCCUUACAUCCAAAAGUCUAUUGUUGAGGAGUUGGUCAAGGAAAUGCUCCAUUCCGGGAUCAUACAACCAAGCCACAACCCAUUUUCAUCUCCCAUUUUACUUGUCAAAAAGAAAGACAACACUUGGAGAUUUUUUGUUGACUAUAGAAAGUUGAACAACAUUACCAUUAAGGAUAAAUUUCCAAUACCUAUUAUAGAGGAUCUGCUUAAUGAAUUGCAUGGGUCUAGAUUCUUCACUAAGAUUGAAUUAAAGUCUGGUUACCAUCAGAUCAGAGUUUCUCCUGGAGAUGUCCACAAAACAGCAUUUAAAACUCAUCAUGGGCAUUUUGAAUUCAAGGUAAUGCCAUUUGGUCUCACUAAUGCACCAGCUACAUUCCAAGCACUAAUGAAUGAUAUUUUUCAUCAACAUCUCAGAAAAUUCAUUCUGGUAUUUUUUGAUGACAUUCUGGUUUAUAUCCCUUCCUUAGAAACUCACUUAGUUCACUUACAAACAACUUUGGAACUUCUUAGACUGCAUCAGCUGACAGCAAACUUCUCCAAAUGCUCUUUUGGUCAAUCUAGCAUUGAUUACUUGGGACACAUUAUUACAGACACUUGGGUUAAGGAUGACCCUGACAAGAUCUUUGCCAUGGUUGGGUGGCCAACUCCUACAAAUUUGAAGGCCUUGAGAGGAUUCUUGGGCCUUACAGGUUAUUAUAGGAAAUUUUUGAAGAAUUAUGGCCUCCUCAGUAAGCCACUUAUUGACCUAUUAAAGAAGGAUGCUUUCAGUUGGUCUCCUGAAGCCACCACAACUUUUCUCAACCUCAAAAGAGCAAUGACAACUACCCCUGUGUUGGCUCUGCCUGAUUUUACUAAACAGUUCAUCCUUGAAACAGAUGCUUGUGACUUAGGUAUUGGAGCUAUACUCAUGCAAGAAGGGAGAGCUAUAGCCUUCUACAACAAACCUCUUGGUCCCAGAGCUGCUGCCUUAUCCACUUAUGAGAAGGAGCUGUUAGCAAUUGUUCAAGCUGUCACUAAAUGGAAGCAUUAUUUACAAGGUCAGCACUUCAUCAUUCACAUUGACCAUCAAAGCAUCAAUUACUUCCUGAAACAAAAAAUUUCUACCACUUUGCAGCAGAAAUGGCUUAUGAAACUUCUAGGCUUUGAUUAUGAAGUAAAGUAUAAAAAGGGUUCAGAGAAUAAAGUAGCUGAUGCCCUCUCAAGAAGACCUCAUAUGCCCGCUUCUUGCAAUUCUAUUUCAUUGUCACAGCCUGUUUGGGCUCAAGAAGUAAUUGCUAGUUACACUGCUGACCCUAAAGCUCAAGAAGUAAUCACUCAACUAAGCAUUACUCCUCAUACUACAACUCCAUUUUCUUAUACUAAUGGGAGGAAUAAAGGUGAACAUACAUUUCCAACUGGGUUACUACAACCACUUCCUAUUCCAGAUCAUGCUUGGCAACACAUCUCAAUGGACUUCAUUGAAGGCUUACCCAUGAGUGAAAGGAAGUCAGUUAUAUUAGUGGUUGUUUACAGACUAACAAAGUAUAUCCAUUUCAUUGGUCUCCACCACCCAUUCACUGCUGCUUUUGUUGCAAGAGAAUUCAUUUCACAUGUUUUCAAUCUCCAUGGUCUACCAUCUUCCAUUAUCUCUGACAGAGACAAGAUUUUCACCAUCAAUUUUUGGCAAGACCUGUUUCAAGCUCUGGGCACUCAGUUACGUCUAAGUACUGCUUACCAUCCUCAAACAGAUGGUCAAACUGAGAGAAGAGAUGCAAUGCUUGACUUACUUAAGGAAGCUCUUCACAAAUCUCAAGAGAGAAUGAAGUUUUAUGUUGACAUGAAGAGAACUGAUAGAGUUUUCUCAGAGGGAGACAAGGUUUAUCUGAAACUACAGCCUUAUAGACAGACUUCUGUAGCUCUCAGAAGAAACUUGAAGCUUGCUGCAAAGUACUAUGGGCCAUUUACAGUCAUUCAAAAAAUUGGUCAAGUUGCUUACAGGUUACAACUGCCAGUGGAAGCAAGAAUCCAUAAUGUUUUUCAUGUCUCCCAAUUGAAGCAGCACAUUGGAUCCAACCACAUUCCUUCUCCCUCAUUGCCCACAUUGGAUACUGAUGGACACUUCCUUGUCAUUCCAGCUGCUGCUCUAGUUUCCAGGACAAUUAUCAGAAAUGGCAUUUAUGUACCCCAACUAAUUAUUCAGUGGACCAAUCCACUUCCUUCAGAUGCUACAUGGGAGGACGUGAAGCACAUUGCUCAUCAUUUUCCGAAGUUUAGUCCUUGA